GUAAAAGAACGUGUAAACAUAUACGAGAGACAUCUAACUAUAAUUUGAUCUGCUAUGAAGAAACAUGUUGGGAUUCGAUGUGCACGUUAUUUACGUGUUCUCGCGGCAUUCGAAUCAAGAAUUGCACUGUUUAUUUAGAUAGUGAACUCAAAGUAUAAUAAUAGGAGAAUGAUUGGUUGGUCCAAGAAAAUGUCAAUCAUUAUUAGUGGACCAAUGGUAAGGGUCAUUGUGCUAUAUUAAGACAAAAUGGCGACCGAAACAGGUCGGGAAGUAUGUGAUGCAAAAGAGUGUAAUACAAACAGUUGGAUACCUGGAAGACAAUGUGUUUUAGCUAGAUUACCAAGUGGAAUUGGGCACGAACAAUUUCAUUCCUCGUUUUAUGAGGCAUUGUCUAAACUUCAAGACUGUAAAGAUAAACCAGUUAAAGAAAAAGCAGCCUUACUAGUGGUCAUAUGGAAAUCACUGGGUGCUUGUGCCUCUAGCCUGAAUGAAGUGUCCAAUGUCUUUCAGUUUUUGUUCAGUGAGACAUCUUUGGUUAUCUUAUCAAGAGAAUGGGCUGAUGUGAAUCCAGUCCUGAAGGAACGCUUGCAAACAGUCAUUAAAGAAUGUAGCCAGUCAUUGUGUCAGUUAGUAGAUGAAGCUGCCCGAUUAUGUGGAGUAUUGACCAUGGCUCUUCAUGAUCCAUGGGGAGAAUCUUUACUUAGAGAACUUCUGACCUCCCCUGAAGGUUCUUUAGUAUCUUUUGAUAAUAACUGCUUCACUAAAGAUGGGAUACAGCCAGAAGGACUAUUGCUGAAGAGAAUAGAACAAUUGUCGGCUGUUGGCUGUGAAGAUGCAGCUUUACAACUGUGUAAAAUUUGUCUUCAGUGUCACCAGAACUCUUGUGAAACUCGGAGUUUUGUGAAUGCAAGUUAUGGCCCAGAAACUUCGGAACAGGAAAUUGAGGGAACCUUCAUUGACUGGCUACUUAGGCUUCUACAUAGAACUGGUAGACUUGCAGAACUUGUCAGAGAGACCAUGAAGUACACUUGCCAUGAUGGCGUAAGAUUGAUAAGGAGGGUACAACAGAGCAACGAGCCUGACUCGCUUGACUUAGCAGAAGUUCUAACUCAUGCUUUUUUAGUGGGUGAUUUUCUUCAGACUUCAACCUACUGUUGCACAAAGGAACUGAUGGUUCUAUGGUGUGACAUACAAGUUGAAAAAGACAGGGAAUUAGAGGAGGUGUUCAAGGCUGUGAAGAUGUUAUUGGUCUGUUAUGCUGCUACCAGUGCACACUUUUAUCUUUUUGUUGACAUCCUGUGGGAGAAGUAUGGGCCAAGUUUGUUUCCAUUAUACAUAGAGAUGUAUGUACGAGGCUUGACAUCAGACCUGAACUAUCUAGAAGCAAUAAGUAUUAAAGGGAGCACUGAUGAAGUAAAAGAGCUACAAGUUCACAUAUCUUCUGUUUACAAUAAAUUUGGUACACUUUUUGCCAGUAGAUGGCCAGUCGUAGCAUAUGAGUGUGUUUUGAGUUCAUUUAGUUUAGACCCAACUGAUGACAAGAUCAGUGUUUUGUACAAUCUCCAUAAGAGCAUAUAUGGCGAGCAAGAAGACACUGAAAUUAAUGACAUUUUACAUUUGGCUCGUAGUUCUGGAGGUAAUGUCACUUCAGUGUCCCAAAUAGAGUGUAAAUGUGGUGGAAGAUGUUCUACGCCUUCAGAGGAACCAGAAAUUCUAGCCAGUUUGUAUCAUGAUGGAAGGCCUCCUUACAUUUAUAACUAUAGUCAUCCUAUUUUGGACACGCAUAUUCCAGGGGUUUCAUUUUCAUUGUUAAAAGACCUUGUUAUGGUGUUAGAAUGUCUGAGGUGCCAACUAUUAAAAGCAAACAAGUGCUGGAAGGAAGUGGAAUCACUUUGUAAAUCGUACAUUGCAAACAAUUGUAAACUGAAUGUUGCCAUGCAGUAUAGCAGCUCUUUAGGUAAGGAGACUGAUUUAGUGUCAGAUCACAGAGUGUGUCUACCAGCUGUUAUGGAAACAUGUUAUUUAAAUAGAACAAAAGAAAAUUAUUAUUGUUAUACUCAGAAUGAGGUGAACACACCACUUUCUUGUGCAAGCAGUUUUCCUUCUGAUGUAAGCAGAACUUUAUUUAUUCAAAAAAGUAUAUCAUCUAGUAUGAAUAAGACUUUAUAUUCUGUAACUACAGUGCCUUCUAGCAUAAGUACAGUUUUCCCUAGUGCAAUUAAUCCUUACAAUACAAACUUAAGCAUCCCAUGUGAAAAAAAUACACCAAUUAUGAACUUAUCAUUUCCUUUGGAAAAUGAUAUAUCUACCAGAAUUAAUGCAAAUUCACUUAAUUUAAACGUUAUGUCUCCCAACAACAGAACAUCGCUUUUUGCAGACAGUUUGUCUCCCGUUGCUAACAUAAUCUCACCUUGUACAAAUAAUGUUUCAUCUGAUAUGAACAUAUCCUUAAAUAGGGCAAGCAGCGUGUCUUUUAGCAUUAAUACCGUUCCACUCCAUGCAAAAAAUAUUUUUCAAGCCAUCGACACUACAUUACCAAGUGGAAGCAAUGAGUCUAGUGUUGAUAUGAAGUCAUCCUGUACUGUAACUCCAUGCACUGAAACAUUUGUACCUAGCACACACACUAUGUCCUCAACCAUUAGUACACCUAUACAUGAGAAAACAAGUUUAUCUUGUCAAAAUAACUUGUCUCCAAGCGUAAAUACAAUAUUGCCUUUUUCCUGUGAAAGCACUGUAUCUUCUAUCAGUGGUACAGCUGUGUGUUAUACAAGUAGUACGUUCACUGUUAAUAAUGUGGAAAAUGAACUCGUGUCCACAACUGUUGCUGAAACUACUGAAGAUAGUGUGUGUGGUUUUGGUAAAGAACAAGAAUCUGAGAAUGUUAAGAGGAGAAAAACAUUGAGUGAAUGUGAAAAGGAAAGUCAUUAUUUGAGUGAGGUUCCAUCUGUAACAGGUGAUUCUUUCAAAACAGGUCUUAUGCCAUCUGAGGUAAUUUUACCAAGAGUUGAGGUGACCACUGCUGAAUCAGUGAAGCCUACUGAUACACAGACUGUAAAGGUAGUUUUAUCUAGACUGGACUUAGGAAGUGUGAAAUCUAUAUACAUCCCAAAAGUUGUGGACAAUUUUGAAAAGACAUCUACUUCAAAAGUCAAGUCAGUUGUGAAAAAACCAGUUGUGGUAUUGUCAGAUAUACUCUCCCCAAAGUUUCUCUCUGAUCCAAACACUACACAUUUUGUGCAGCAAGCACUUAUGAAGCAUCAUGGUAUUGAAGCAAAAAGAAAAAGUUCAGAUGUGGAUACUGGACAAAGCACUAAGAAGCUGAAAGUUACAGUUGUAAAGUUAAUGACACCUGAAGAUAGAGAGUCUGAGAAAUUUGUGUCAAAAAGUUUUAGAAAAGACUUUCAAAGUACUCGGGAUAAUUCAUUGGGUCCUUUUGUAAGUACGUGUUCUGUAUAUGGAGACAAAAUGAGUGUGCACUCAAAGAAAGAAGCGUCGUGUAGUCCCGUCUCUCCUAUGAACUUAGAAUUUUCAUCUCUAGAGUCUAAGCCAUGUGUAGCCCAGGGAAAGUCGCAUGAAACAGGACAAUCUGAAGUUUCUAUUGGUGUUUCUAGUCCAGGGGAAAACUCCUCUAUCAUUCAAUGUAAAAAGAUAAAUGACUUAUCCUUGAGUAAUCUCAAAACAGUUUCACCAAGUAUGAAAAACUCUGUCAACCUUUUGUAUGGAACUGUGAAUUCUUCAUUACAAAGAGAGAAAGAACUAGUUCAGAGUCAUAUGCAUGAUGUAGAUAAAAAAGCCAGUGACCAUAGAGGAAGAAUAAAAAAAACAAAUUCGAACCUUCCACAAAUUGUUGAAACACAUAGUACAUCUAAUGAUACAUGCACCAUAAACUCUAUAGCUCAGGAAGAAAGUUCUGAUGAAUCACAAAGAUUAAAUAUUAGAGAAGCAAAUGAAAGUGCCCAGAAUAUUUCAGUUGAAGAUGCUGCAAGUGGGGUGCAAUUACAAAGAUCUCACAACUGUUCUAUCUCUUUUAUAUCUUCUUUUGAAAAAUUCAUUCAAAUUGAAGAAGAAAGAAGAAAAACCUUAGAUUGUGAGAAACCUCUUGAGCCUUCAGUAUCUUUAUCUAAAGAUUAUUUGGAUACUGACAAUACAAAACGAAAGAGUUUGGUAUGUAAAGAAUCAUUCCAGAUUUCAUCAUCUAUGGAUCAAGAAAUAAGUCAGAUUAACUGUGAAAAAAAUGAAAAUAUUAAUUCUGCUAAAUCAUCUGAGAAUUGUUUAUCUUCUGUGGAAUUAAAAAAAAGCAACAUGAUUGUUAAGGAAAGUGAUAAAGCAAAACAGUGCAGUCAUCCUUCAGGUAAUGAGAUGAAAUGUUCUAUUUUAGAUGAAUCGGCAUCACUGCAGUUUGCAACAUCUUGCUCUACAGAUGAUAAAAGUGAAAAUUCAUCAUCAUUACUGUCUAGCUUUUAUGAUAAACAGGUAAAAAAUACAAGUCCUUCAUACAGUUAUGGAAACUUUAACAGUUCUAAUUCUGUGAAUAUCAUACCAGAAGAGUUCACUAGUAAACUUACAGAUAAUUUUGAAUCUAGUCCUGAUGGUAAAGGCAUAGAAAAAAUGGAUAUUAGAGGAACCAAAGCUACAUCUUGGACUUCUAUGUCAAGUGAUAGUGAAAUGAGAAAUUUUAUGGAUGAAACAAUAGGACUUCAAAGAGAUGAAGCUAUUAAUGUAGAUAAGAAUAAUAUAUUCAAUGUAAUGAUAUGUAGUAGUAGUACUGAGACUAUGUCAUCAGCUAGUCUACCCGAGUUGCAUGAUUGUGGUAACUCCAUACCCGACUCUUCAGCCAGUAAGGUGCGUCUACUAGUGAAAAAAUGUACAUCUCAGCAAAAAAGUUCUUUGAAGGAAGAUAAACAACUAAUUGGGGAUUCAGGAUCAGAAUGUGUAGCCCACCUUUCUCCCUUGUAUAGUUUAACCCUUAAUGAUAAGUUGUAUUCUAGGGCACUUUAUUCUAAUGUGAUGUUAGGUCAUGAAAGAGACAAAGCAAUAAAGAACUCAAAAAUUGAAGUGAAAUCUACUCUUGUAUCAGAAGGAAACAUAUGUACUACCAGUUUCAAUACACCAGCAUUAGAAGAGGAAGAUUGUAAAAUGGAAAUGCUUUUAUCUAAUAAAACAACAGCACCUGUAUUAUCAGUUGUAACUUCUGAAGAAAGAUCAUCCAUUAUGAUGAGAAAAAUACACAGAAUUCCUGUUUUUUUGACAAACAGACCAUUUGUAGGUACAGCAAAGAAGGAGGUUCUGGAAGUUUCGAAAGGAUCAGAUUGUAACUCUUAUUUAACCAAACCUAUCAUUGAAACAGCUACAUGUUCUGCUUUCCCCAGUGUAGGAGAGAGUAAAAUGUUUGAGACUAGAAGCAUUAAGCCAGAGCAUCAGAAGGAUAGAACAGAGGCAUCUGAUGGUGAAAUUAGAUUUGGAGCCAAACUUGUAAAUAGAGGUGGGAAGGAAAUUGCUGGAAAACUUAUUAUUCCAGUGAGUAACAUCAGUAAUCCUGCUUUGAAGACUUUACUCUUUAGUACAACUAUUAAAUCUGGAGUACUAAAAAAUUAUAGUUCACUGGGGGAUUCCAAAACAAAUACUGCAGUAUCAGUCAUGAAUUCUAAACCCCUGAUGUCUGUAUGUACUGAAAAAAAAGGACGAGAGGAAAAUACAACCCAAAACAUGAAGACGUCUAUGCAUGUGAUGAAAGUGCAAAACACACCAGUGAUCAAUUCUUUGCCAUUUCAAAGUAUGAACAGUGAUUCACCCAUCAACGUAAUAUUAAAAGAUGGUGAUUUCAAUCAGUUGGGUAAAAUAACACCAGGAAAAUCUAUUUCGAUUCCUUCUGUUGAAGGUGUACAGGGGAAAUUAGACAUCUUCUGCAACGCUACAAUGAAAACAGUAAAUUCUGUUUCAGUUGAUGGUUCAUUAGAUACAGUAAACUUCUCUUGUAAGGUGUCAAGAGGAACUGUAAACCCCAGUCCUUUCAUUCAAGCUAUACCAGAAGCAGUAAACUUUGAAAUUUUUGUUGAAGAUGAAUCAGAGACAGCAAGUGCUUUCUCUGAUUCUGAGUUGAUAGCAGGAAGAAUAAGCUCCACUUUUACUGGUAAAAUGGCAUCAAAAACAAUAGACUUGGUUCCAUUAGAAACAGUAAGUUCCAGACAGUCUGUUAAAGAUUCACUGAAAACAAGAUCAACCUCUUCUAGUAAGGUGACAUCAGAAAUGCUAAACUACAUUCCAUCUGUUAAAGUUACAUCAGAAACAGUAAACUCUACUCCUUCUAAUCCUGUGACACCAAAAACUGUAAACUUUACUCCAUCUGUUAAAAUGCAGAGGACAGAAAGCUCCACCUCUAAUGUUCAAGUGACACCAGGAACAUUAAAUUUCACUCCUAUUCGUGUGACAACAAGAACAGUAAAUUUCACUCCAUCUACUCUUAUGACAAACAUAAAAGUAAAUUCCACGUGCUCUGUGAAAGCUACUACAAAGACAGUAAAUUCCAUUUCUUCCGUUCAAGUGACACCAGGAAUAUUAAACUCCACCUCUUCUAUUCCAGUGACACCAGGAACAGUAAUCUCUACUCCUCUUGUUCAGGUCAAAAAAAUAAUAGGAAGCCCUGUUUCUGCUGAUCAUAUAACACCAGGAACAAAAAAUUUCACUCCUAUUGUUUGUGUAGCACCAGGAUCAGUAAACUCUACCUCUUUUACCCAGAUGACACCAAGAACAUUAAACUCUACUUCAUCUUUUCGUAUACAAGAUACUUCAGAGAUAGUAAAUUCUGCUUCUGUUGAUGUCACAUCAGAAACAUUAAACUCAACCCCAUCUAUUCAAGUGAUUCCAGGUACAAUAAACUCCACUUCUCCUAUUCAUGUGACAUCAGAAUCUGUAGACUAUAUUCCUCUUGUUCAAAUGAAAAGAACGUUAGGAAGUCUUAUUCCUACUGGAAUAUAA